UUGUUACUACUAAAUCAGCCGUUUCUUUAUUCCAACAGUGCUGAUGGGAACUAUGAGGUUCGCUACAAGUCCAAUGUUCUAAUUUACCCCAAUGGUUUGGUGAUGUGGGUCCCUCCCGCCAUUUACCAGAGCUCGUGCACUAUAGACGUGACGUACUUUCCGUUUGAUCAACAGAAAUGUGUUAUGAAAUUCGGUUCGUGGACAUUCAAUGGCGACGAAGUGUCUUUAAAGCUGGACAGUGACAACAGAUGGGUAGAUCUUUCGUCGUAUUGGAAGAGUGGUACUUGGGACAUCGUCGAAGUCCCAGCAUUCCUAAACGUCUACAACAACUCUCGAGAUAUCAAACCUACUGAAACUGAUAUCUCUUUCUACAUCACAAUUCGCCGAAAAACUCUCUUUUACACCGUGAAUCUAAUCCUCCCUACAUUUUCUAUAUCUUUUCUCUGUAUCCUUGUUUUCUAUCUUCCCGCAGAAGCUGGAGAAAAAGUGACUCUUGGAAUAUCAAUUCUGCUCUCUUUGGUGGUGUUCUUGCUAUUAGUGUCGAAAAUCUUACCUCCAACUUCUCUUGUCCUUCCAUUGAUCGCAAAGUACCUACUUUUCACCUUCCUCAUGAACACCGGCUCCAUCCUAGUGACGGUGGUCAUCAUCAACUUGAGUUUCCGAGGGCCACGGACUCAUCGAAUGCCCAACUGGAUUCGAGUGGCAUUCUUAAAAUACUUACCCAUUCUUCUGUUUAUGAAGAGGCCAAGGAAGACUAGACUGAGGUGGAUGAUGGAAAUGCCAAACUACAAAACUCACCAUCUGUACCACAGCUCACCAGAGGGCAAGCCAAGUCAAUUAAGAAGUAAAUCAGAGUUUAUGGAGCUGGCUGACAUUCACCACCCUAACUGCACAGCGGCAAGGAAACCCUCUCCAGAACCCGAGGCUCAGCUGCUGGAACCGGAGGCACAAGAUACCUUGUUCCUAACCCCCAAAGCUUACAGAGCCAUUGAAGCCAUCGAAUUUAUUGCAGAGCAUUUACGUAGUGAGGACGAAUACGUACAGAUCCGGGAAGACUGGAAGUUCGUUGCUAUGGUGAUAGACCGUCUCCAGCUGUACAUCUUCUUCGCCGUGACAACAGCGGGAACAAUAGGAAUACUCCUGGACGCACCUCACAUCUUCCAACACGUGGAUCAAGACAAGAUAAUUGAAAUGCACAAAGGAAAGCCAACAUGAAAUUCAGAAAUUUGGCUAAGUGUGUAUAAUAAUAGAUUGUUUUAACGCUGUGAGGUUAUGCGUUCAUGUUAUUCAUUAUUGUCCCACUCGGAUGUUUACCUAACAUCCAUAUUGUUCGGGUCGGCAGAGCUUAAAUAAAACUGGAUAGAACGGACAGAGAUUAUUAUUCCUGCACUGCACGUAUAAUCACCUUGUCGAAGAGACUCGGGAUAUCCUUGCAGCUACUUAUCAGACUAUUAAAAAUAUUGUAACUAGCGCCACCAGUUUGAUCUAUGACAAACCUAAAGUAUAAACAAUAUCUGUACCUCUCUAAGAGCUGUGACCGAUUAUGCGAAAAAAUUUACUUAAUUAAAUUCUAUAAAUUUCUCACAUUUCAUCAGGGCUGUUAUUCAAAGUUCUAAACGUUUUGCUUUACCAUAAAAUAUGAUGAAAGUUGAAAUCGAUCUAGUUAAUUGGCUAGAAAUGAUUUCUGGUUGGUUAUUGGAAGUAGUCCAGGUAAACCAGUUUACAGGGGUCGUUCAGACUUUGGAAAACUAGAUAAGCCGGGUUACAGUUGGAACUAUUUUGAGUAGUUAUCUAGACUUUAAACACUAGGUAAACCGGCGCACAAUUGCAAUUAGUUUAAGACAAUAAGAAUUAUCCAGACCUUUAAACUAGGUAACAGCCCUCAAAUGGAAGUAGUUUGGGACAACGGGAGUCAUCC